GGAGGUGUUCUUUUUGUUCAACGCGUGAAUUGGUCAUCCACCACACUGGGUUCUAAUCUCAGAAGAUAGGUCAGGGACCACCAGUUGUCAGCAUAGCACCAUCCCACAUUUCUAAUUGAGGCUUGCAGCCUAGAUUUUUCCCUUUGGUCUAGUUUGAAGGAUCCAGGUAUGUAAAGCUUAUAUUCUAGAUAAAUCAGGGGCUAUCCUGAAAGGAAUUCAUCAAUGAAUUAUUCUGUAUGGAUUAGAAGCCGGUUUCUCUGGCCUUCCUGGAGUAUAUCCAGUAAGGCAUCUCAUUCAUGUCUAGAAAGCAAAUAUAUCAUUUAUUGCAACUUCAGCAUGGAGCGAUGUAUUGGUUUAAAAUAAAGUACGAUCAACACAAUUUGGUCAUUGUGAAUAUGCCGGCUGGGUCCACUCUUUACUACACAUAUGUAACUCUAGAGCUUCUUACGCCCCAUAGAGGAGACAUACUCUUGUGUGUCUAGGACAAGGGAAACAUGUGUUUUUAUUCAGGAGCUGGAAGCUACAGCAUGACAGGAAAGAAUUGAAAAAUCCUGGUCUUGGUCUACACAUCACUUUACCUUGUUCGAAUCUUGUUUCUUUGGCUUGCUUCAUUGGAGUGUUUUCUCUCUCGUGGGACUGACAUUGUGUGUUAUAUAUCAGGCAUGUAACAUGUAGAAGUUUCAGAACCCAGAAUCAUAUAGAUCAGUAAAAAUUGAUAUAUUUUUGUUUAUUUAAAAUCACACUGGGCAUAAUUCAUAUAUUCCAAAAGUAGUUUGACCCUCUGCUCAUGAGAUUCUUUUUAUGGUAUGUCAAAGCAAAUUUGGACUUCCAUCCCCAAUAAACUUUGAGGUUGGAGGACACAAAAGCUUUUGCUCAGACCUAAAUUCUGUCUGAAAAAAAAGGGUAACUAUUAUAAGCCCUUUCUAACCUCUCCAGGAGCAGAAAUGAUUUACAGCUAUGGCAUUGAACCCUAAUUUCUUGAUCUCAUUUGAGAAGAGUUCAGUAAGAAACAGUGUCUUGAUUUUUGUUUGUUGGUUCCCUGUUUUCUUGUCUUGCUUACCAACAAUCCACUGUAAUACAUGAGUGAGUAUGGCAGCAGGCUGAGGGUUCCCUGGAGCUCAUUAAGUGAACGUUUUUUCCUAAAAUGACUUUUGUCUCCUUGUUUUCAGCCCCUCUUCUUUCUUCUGUCCUUUACUAUAACCAGGGCUCAGCAAAAGCUGACUGGCUUUGUGCAGACCCUACUUAGGGUAGUCUUUUCUUCAUUAUUUUAUUCAUGGCCCCUCCAUUUCAUUGUUUGCCUUCUCGAAAUGUGUUGAAAUCUUUCUGUGGUUGAUGACUUCCACAAUGUCUUGGCUUUUAUUGGUUGAUUAAUUUUGGUAUUUCUACAGUUUUAUUUAAACGUGGUUUCAGGAGGACCAGAAAGUAAAUAUAUUUCCUAGUCUGCCAUCUUGAGCUGAAAAUCCCUGUGGAUUUUAGCAUCCAAUGUUCCCAUGGGUAAAAAACCCAACCUUGGCAUUAAUAGAUGUACACUCAAGAUUUCAGCUUUUCUUGAGCAAUCACUAAGGAUUUAAUAUGCGAUCACUUCUAAUGGGAAAAUAAUAACUAUCUCAUGGCGUUGAUUUGAGGAUUAACUUAGAUAAUGGACAAGAAAAUGCUUUGUAAGGUUUUAAAAUCUGUAAAAAACGUUUUUUGUUAUUAUUUGAUUUGUUGCUAUUUCAACUUCAGCUGACAGUUGUUUGUGACCUUGCUUAUGUGAGAAAAUGCCUUCUGGUUUAUUGUUUUGAAAGCCAGAUUAUAUUUUUCAAUAGCUCAAUGGAAAUGGCAUCAUUUGUGAAGUUGAAGGGUGAAGGCAUAAAUGUUUCUUGACAUUUGAAUCAACUAUUGGUCUUCUGGGGCUUGUCCUUAUUCUCCUGCAGUCUCUAAUCAACAUGGCAUCCAGAGAGAUCCUGUUAAAACAUAAGUCAGAUCAUGUCACUCAAGUCUCUUCAAUGGCUUCUUCACAGGAAAAGCAAAGUCCUCAAAGUGCCUCCACAGCCCUAGAAAUCUGGGCCUCUGUUUCCUCUCUGACUGUUUCCUUCUCCUCUCCACUUUGCUCCCUCUGUUUUCCACACACUGACAUCCUUUCUGCUCCUUGGAUACUCCAAGCCCACUCUUGCCUCAUUGCCUUUCCAUCUGACUGUUCCCUCUGCUUGUACUAUUCACUUCCCAGAUAUGCACCUUGCUCCCUCUCACAACCUUAGGUUCCCUCGUAAAUUUUAUCUUCCCCAGAAAGCCCUCAGUGAUCACUUAGUUUCAGAUCGCAGCCUCCUCCUACCAGCUAACAAUCUCCAUCCCCCUUCCCUGCUUGCUGUUUUUCUCCAGCACUUACCUGAUAUACUAGUUAUUCUACCCAUUUAUUCAAUUUUUAUUUACGUAUUUACACUUAUGAUUUUAUAUUUGCUUCUUUACUUUUGUCUCUCCCCUCAGCUCAAGAGAGGCUGUAUUCAUCUGUGUUAAUCACUGCUGUGUUUCCUGAACAUGCCUAGAAAACAUACUGAAGAAGGGUGCCUGAAAUUUGGCUCUCUAGAAAGCAUGUGCAGAGCCUCCCACCCCACCCUCGGACUCCGCGGGCCACAGCUGGAGGGACCAGCCAAGGAACCGUGGCAGGAAGAGGCCAGAGGUCAGCGGGCCUCGGCCGGAGCCCGUCAGUCGGUCCCCAUUCACACACCGCCAGACGAGCCUCUUGACCUGGGCAGUAGCCGCCAACCGACCGCUGAGCCACGCAAUGAGGUGAAGCCCUGACGCUCGCUGCCGCGUCGAUACACCCUGAGAACACGAUGCUCAGCGAGAGAAGUCAUACACAGAAGGACACACAGGGCGUGACCCCACUGAGGAGAAACGUCCAGAGCAGUGCCUGGGGUUUGGUGAUGGAAGCUGACACCGAGGGCGUCACCACGUGCGGGGUGAUGUCAGUGAAAGAAUCCCAUGGCGAGGGCCUGCCUGAGGACCACGCACGCCCGGGCCCUCCCCGCCCCCUGCCUGCAGCCCUGCGCCUGGGAGCGGAGCUGGUGCAUCGCGUGCCCGACGUCGUGGAAGUUGGUCUCCCGCUCAUCAUGCUGCAGCAGGGAGGGCAGGUUGGGCGUAGGCUUGGUGAAGUUGGCCACCGUGGCCGCGAUGGCGAUCUGUCGUGCUGUAGGCAGCCCGGCUGCAGGCCGAAGCAGGCCGCAUGCCCGGACUUCCCCACCCUGCGGAGGGACGUGGAUGGGGCCCCGCUUCCACAGAGGAGCCCCGGCCCACGGCCGACAGGUUCCCCCACGCACGCACCGAGGAUAGAGGUCAGGUCGAAGGUCAGCCCCAGCAGCUCCUGGGAGAUGCCCAGCGGCCCGCGUGUGAGCGCCUGCAUGGGGAAAGACUCAUUGAGCAGCACGGAGUCGGCAUGCGUGCGGAACCCCAGCAGGCGGGACUUCAGGGCCUACAGCCUCACCAGCUCCCUGAGGAUCACGCAGUUCUCCUGGAACCCAGAGACGGAAGGCGCUGGGGACCGAGGGCCACGCCCUCCCCGCGGGCCCCGGGCCAGGUCCUUUUGGAGCCGGAAGUGGCAUGAACGUGAUGGGCUCUAAGGCCAAGGGCAGGAAGAAAUGCGGCCAGUCUUUCCAGGAGCCACCAAGGGGCCUCCCCGGGCUCAACAAGACAAACACGGCUGCCGUGCAGACAGUAGCUCAACCCCACGGCGCCCGAACACCCAGCCCCUGGACGGUGAGACACCUGUUGCUGCAGGUGGCCCGUGGCUCACUGAUGAGGCCCGGCCCCAGGCGUACGCCACCUUCUCUGGGGCCACCUCUCCGGUCUGCAGUGGGGUUCUCCUGGGAGCCCCCAGUCACCACAGGACCAGCGUGGCCUGUCUGUAGCCCAAGAAGGUGGGGACACAAGACUGUCCCCCAUGCCCCCCGCAUCACCCGCGAGGCCGAGCGAGCACCAGUGGUGUCUGCGGGGAAGAUGAAGGGCUCACGCACAGCCCCCAUCUACAGAAGCACAGACUGCAGCCACAUGCGCUAUGGAACAAACACAAGUGUCCAUGCAGGACCCGAUGUCUGAAUGUCAAGGCCAUGCCCGGGCCACAGUGAGAAGGUGCAUCCCCCAUGCAAGCCACAGAGAGGGGAUGGGGGGGCCAUCUGCGAUUCUGAGCUCAUCGGGUAUCACCCCAGAGGGAGAGGGAGAGGGAGAGAGGUAGACAGAAGUACAGAGGGAGAGAAAGAGAGAGGGAGGGAGAGACGUCUCUCCCUUCCCUGGGGGUUCUCUAGUGCAGCCAAGGCUGAAAACCACUGCAUUUUGGGAGAUGGGUCCUCGUGGAAGAGUUAAAUAGUAGCUCAUGGCAUUAUCGACACAUACUAAAAAGGCCCCAAAUCUUGGGGAGUCAGGGAGGGGAGUGUCGGCUGCCUCGUAAACGAGGAGAGAUUGGGCAUCAGGGGAGGUGCCUGUGCAGCCUGCGCCCAGGGCCCCGCAGACUUCAUCUCCCAGCGGUGGUCCUGGGCUGGAAGUCAGCGGGGAGGUCAGGCUGUCCAAGCAUCAACGUUGACUUCAGGGCUGAUCUAAAAGGUGCCUGGUGUUUGUUGAAGCAGAAAAAAGAGAAAGCAGUAGGGAGAGGAUGGGAGUGGGAGGGGGAGGGAGCCCCCCUCCUCAGCACUUCUACCGCUCUCCCGCUCUCUCUCCCUUUCUCCCUCUCGCCCUCUACCUCGCUGCCUCUCCCUCUCCCUCUCCCUCCAUCUCUCCCCCUGCCUCUCUCCCUCCCUCUCUCCCUGUCUCUCUUUCCCUGUCCCUCUCUCUCUCUCCCUCUUUCCUUCCCCCUCUCCCUCUCCCCCUUUCCCUCUCCCUCUCCCCCUCUCCCUCUCUCCCUUCCUCUCUCCCUGUCCCUGUUUCCCUGUUCCGCACGCUCUGGCUCUACCUCUUUCCCUCUCCCUCUCCCUCCACCUCCUUCCCUCUCUGGAGAGGGAAGGAGGUGGAGGGAGAGGGAGAGAGAGAUG